AUGAUGACUUGUACGCCCCACGCCUGCAUGAUCACUGCCACCAAGGAGACACAUCAUUCACAAUGUUCUCCCCCCCAGGUGUCGUGGAUCAGGCGCCAGGACCUGCACGUGCUGACCACAGGUAACUUCACGUACACGACGGACACGAGGUUCCGCGCGCUGCACCUGCCCGGCUCGCCCUUCUGGAGCCUGGAGGUGGACCGGCCCGCCAUCACCGACUCCGGCCUCUACGAGUGCCAGGUGUCCACGCAGCCCAAGAUAUUCCGCCGCUUCAGGCUCAGCGUUGUGGUCCCCAGCGCGCGCAUCACCGGCUCGAGGGAGAUCUUCAUGAAGGCGGGCAGCGACAUCAACAUCACGUGCGUGGUGAAGGGCGCCAUCAGGGGAGCGCCCGUCACCUGGUACCACGUGCUGCCCCGCGACCCACCCAAGGAGGAGCUGGUGGAGAUCAACGCCGGGGGUCGGGGCGGCGUGCAGCUGGUGACGGACAAGAACUCGGGCACCAGCUGGCUCCUGGUCACCCACGCCACCUGGAGGGACGCCGGGAACUACACGUGCGCGCCCGUGCACGCCACGCCCGCCUCGGGGUCCGUCCACGUACUCGACGCGCUGCGUGCCCUUGAUCUCCGUUCCUUUCCCCCAGAAGAGGCUCCAGCAGAGCUCCAAAACGACCACCAGCCGAGCCGGGCCCAGACGUCCACCCAAGGAACGCCAGGCCUCCCGCUGCUCCUGCUGGGGCUUCACCGUCUGCUGAGACCUCUGGUCCACGGCGGGGCGUGUGGGAAGCGAGGCGCGGAGGACGCAGCGUCGCGGGAGUGUCUUUUUGUGUUGGUUGUCUGCGGUGGUGUGUUGGUCCGGGGCCCCAAACUGUGUGUGGAGGAAAAUAUCAACGGCAUCCCGAGUAACGACAGCAGCACCCAGCCGGUGGCCACACAAACUGCACACAGGAUGCUCUCAGCCCGCCCAUAG